UCACAAAGCAACAUGUGGACUGUCACACAGACUCAGUCUCCUGUGAUAAACAAAGCAUCUGUGCAGGGAUUCAGUUUGUAGCUAGAACAAGAAAACUGGAACCUGAGACACAUCAAGCAGGUGUGAUCGGUGUGAGGCACAAUGUGUGAGUCAGUGAUCAGUCUCUUUGAUCAUUAGCAGUCACACUGGGCAGGAUGAUUUACCUGGCUCACACAGCUCACCUGCAGUUCCUCGGCCUGUUAGUCGGGUUUCUGGCAUGGAUCCUCAUCCUGACCACAACCGGCCUCAACGAGUGGCGCCUCUGGCACGUCGCUGAUGUGUCCGUCAUCACCUCGGGUGUGGCCUGGGUGGGUAUCUGGAAGGCGUGUUUCUACAGUCACGCCCUCCCCAGCAUGGAGAACUGUCAGAGCAUCAGCAUCUCAGACAGCUUUGCUCCUGCAGAGAUCCCCGUGGCUCAGGUGCUGAUGGUGCUGGCGCUGAUCAGCGGCCUGGUGGGGAACAUCACCGCUGCAGUGGCCAUGAGGAUGGUUUACUUCUCUGUGGAGGAUCGUAGGAACAUCAGGCUGGUCUUUGUGCUGGCAGGGACCCUGUAUGUGCUGACGGGGACCUUCUGCUUGGUGCCGCUGACGUGGAACAUGAGCUCUGUGCUCAACAACAGCACCAUAGACUUUCCUCCUGAGUUCCAGCUCCCUGCAGCUCCUGUCCGACAGCAAGUUGGUUCAGCCAUCGGAGUGGGCAUCUCCGCCUCCAUAAUGAUGCUUAUAAGUGGGCUGGUUUUCCUCUGCUACCGUUACGCCUGGGCAGCUCUGAGCACAGAGGCCACUAGAAACACCAGGGACCCACUCCAUGGCCCCUUGACAAAAAUGACCCAGGCACAGAGGUUUGGAUUAGCCAAUGGAGACAACCAGGGCAGAGAUAACCCUGCAUUUCACACUGAAGAAGUCUCAUGAUGGAGAAACAUCAGGAACAUUUAACUCAUGGAUGGAUUACUGAUUGGGCCUACCAGGCACAGACCCAGGGGCCCAAAGUGUCAGGGGCCUCCCUGGUCAUACUGACAAGGAGGAGACUCAAAAUGAAAACAGAGAGAUGCAAAUGAACGGCAAAGUGACACAAAACCACACAGUCUGUGUGUCUUGCUCCUAUGUAGGAGAGGUGGUGGGGCCUUUUGCAUAUCUGUGCCCAGGGACCCAGUGUCUCAUAAUCGGCCCAUGAUUUGACUUAUUUCCAGACUUGGAUUUUUAUCCUUUUCAUUCAUGGCAAAGUGACUCGAACAAUGUCAGAGAAGAGCUGUCACAUUUAAAUACCUCAGUAAUGUCAUACUCCAAAAAAACCUGUGAGCUACACAUUAAUAAUACCGGAUGGUAUAUCAAAACACAGCAACAUCCAAAAUAACAGUGGAGAAUUAAUUGCAAUUGGACCACAAUCUGAAAAAUAAAAACUGAUUUAUCUGAAUCAUA